UACACAGUGGGCUCAGAGAAUCACAAACCCACCAACUAUCCAUGGCAUCCUACCUCAAGCUCCAACACAUCUUCCUCUUUUUCCUUCUUAUCUUUCUCAAUUUUGCAAAAACUAAAGCACAAGACCCAAAUUUUCUCUACCAGGUUUGCUCAAAAAACAGAUUCACGCCCAACAACACCUACCAAGUAGACCUGAGAACACUCCUCUCUUCCUUACCCUCCAAAGCCACCAACACCACCCAAUUCUUCAACAACACCGUGACAGGAACAAACCCCUCAGACACAGUGUAUGGACUAUUCAUGUGCAGGGGUGACAUCCCCUCCGACCUAUGUCAUCAAUGUGUCGGAAACGCAACACAACGACUAACCACAAACGCGGAGUGCUCUUUAUCAGUAGAAGCUGUGAUGUGGUACGACGAGUGUAUGGUUCGGUAUUCUAACCGUUCUUUCUUCUCCACCGUGGCCACACGGCCUGGGUAUGUGCUGGCGAGCCCCACGAACAUGACCAACCAAGACAGUUUCAACCGUUUAUUGUAUGACACCAUGAACAUAACUGCAGAUGAUGCAGCAAAUUCACCAACUGGUGCCAAAAAAUUUGCCACGAGGGAAGCAAACAUAUCUAUAUUUCAGAACCUUUAUUGUCUGGCUCAGUGCACACAAGAUCUGUCACAUCAGCAGUGCAGAGGCUGUCUGAAUAGUUUGAUAAAUUCGGACCUUCCACGGUGCUGUGCUGGUACGCAGGGAGGAAGAGUUCUAUAUCCUAACUGCAUCAUCAGGUUUGAAAUUUACCCUUUCUAUCGAUCUCUUGCUUUUGCACCAUCGCCAACACCAGCAGGAUUCGUUCCUCAAGCAAAUUCAGGAGAAAAUAAAGGUAAAUCCCGGACAAUUAUCUUAAUUGUUGUACCCAUUGUUGUCUUGGCGACGGCCCUUUCUUUUUGCGGCUAUAUGCUAAAGAGGAGAGCAAGAAAAAGCAAAUACAAGACUCUUCUAAGAGAAAACUUUGGUCGUGAAAGUACUACUUUAGAGGGAUUGCAAUUCAAUUUGGCUACAAUUGAAGCGGCAACAAAUAACUUUUCACAUGAGAACAAAAUUGGUAAAGGUGGAUUCGGAGAAGUUUAUAAGGGCACUCUUCCUGAUGGACGACUUGUAGCUGUUAAGAGGCUUUCGACAAGUUCUAUGCAAGGUUCAGCUGAAUUCAAGAAUGAGAUUUUAUUGAUUGCCAAGUUACAACAUAGAAACCUUGUGGCAUUUAUAGGUUUCUGUUUAGAAGAACAAGAGAAGAUUCUCAUUUACGAAUACGUGCCGAAUCGAAGCCUUGAUUAUUUUUUAUUUGAUGCUCUGCAACAAAAGUUAAGUUGGCCUGAGCGUUACAAAAUUGUUGGAGGAACUGCUCUAGGAAUUCUUUAUCUACAUGAAUAUUCUCGACUUAAAAUUAUUCACCGUGAUCUCAAACCUAGUAAUAUUUUAUUAGAUGAAAAUAUGAACCCUAAAAUAUCAGACUUUGGCAUGGCUAGAAUUGUUGAAAUUGACCAAGAUCGUGGAACAACUAAUAGAAUUGUUGGAACAUUUGGUUACAUGUCUCCGGAAUAUGCAAUGUUUGGACAAUUUUCUGAAAAAUCAGAUGUUUUUAGUUAUGGAGUCGUGAUUUUAGAGAUUAUCACGGGAAAAAGAAAUGCAAAUUCUUACGAAUCAAACCAUAUUUCUAAAGGGCUCAUGAGCUAUGUUUGGAGAAACUGGAAGGAGCAAACUCCAUUGAGCAUAGUGGAUGCAAAUAUGAAAGAAAAUUAUUCUCAAGUUGAAGUUACUAAAUGCAUUCAAAUUGGUUUACUAUGUGUCCAAGAAAAUCUAAAUGCUAGACCUACAAUGACAACAGUUGUUUCAUAUCUUAAUAAUCUCUCGCUUGACCUACCAUCUCCCCAAGAACCGGCAUUUUCCUUGCAUGGUAGAACACACCAAAAAAUUUCUGCACAACAAGAAUCAAGUUCUGGUCAAUCUGCCAAUAGUUCUACACCUUUCUCUGUUAAUGAGAUGUCUGUGAGUAAAUUUUAUCCUCGAUGAAGUUUA